AUGGAAAUUACACGAUCUCUGCGAGCGAUUCUUCGUGAUACACCUGGAAUUCAGUAUAUUUUCGUUACCGACAAGGAAGGAGUGCCGAUUGUCGGAGUCAGUGAAUCUUCAGGUGAAGAAUUCCGUAAUCGUGCGCAAUUGAUCAACAGCUAUCAAUUGGCCGUCGAACAGACAGCAAAGCUGAAUAUGGGUGAACAGAAAACGGCCAUAUUUCGUUCGGAGUGUCCAAUUGGAGUUCUUCGGCAACUGAGAGUACCUCUGGAACCAAUCGUCAACGAAAUUGCUUCAGCCACUAACAUUCCGAUUGCUUGA